CAGGUCCUGCAAGUCGGAUCUCAGCUCACAGAGAGGCAGGAUGUGCUCCCCAAAUGACAUUGCUGUGCUGCGUGCCAUUUUCCACCCCAAUGCUCCAUUCGGGGACGAUGAUGACCAGAGUGCAGUUAAAACUGAGGGGGAGGCUGAUCAAGAUAAGGACUUUCCCCCUGCCCUCCUGGAUCAGGUCAAUAACCUAGAGAGGUGUGGAAUUAAGGCAGCAGAAUCUGGGAACCCUAAGACAGCUGUGCAGAGUUUCAGUGAAGCUAUUGCACUCCUUCCUGAGCGCCCAUCUGCAUAUAAUAACCGGGCUCAAGCCCUCAGACUGCAGGGAGACAUAACUGGUGCCUUGCAGGACCUGGAUAAAGCAGUGGAGCUGAGCGGAGGGAGAGGGCUUGCAGGACGCCAGGCCUUGGUGCAGAGAGGGCUCUUAUGUCGUCUUCAGGGGGAUAAUGAGGCAGCAAGAAAAGAUCUGCAGAGGGCAGCUGAGCAGGGCUGCAGUUUUGCCAAACAGCAGCUUGUUCUUUUGAAUCCAUAUGCUGCCCUCUGCAACCAAAUGCUAAGAGAUAUGAUCCAGAAACUGAAGGAGCCAGACACUCAUGGGUGAUGAGAAAUAGGAUAUCCUGGGGCUGGACAGGGACGUAAGAGAUAUUCUCAUUGGUCCUGAGCAAGGAUGUGUCACAUGAUUCUUCUAUCACUAAAUAAAAGCCAAAUCCCAGUGCAAAGUGCAACUUUCUGCACUAUUACCUAAUGAAAACGCACUAGAGAACAUGGUGUCAGGAUCCUAUAAAUUAUUUUAAAGGAUCAAACAAAAUAAAAUAACUGUAUACACCUGAUUUUUAUCUUUUAGUUUAGGUACCAAUAAAAGAAACAGCCUGGAUAAAGAAAAUGCUGAUCAUUAAAUGGUUUUGUGCUUA